AUGGGUUCUCUGACGACUCCAAUCCCCAGAAAGAAAGUCGCAAUUGUCGGGAGUGGUGUCGCUGGCAUAGGGGCGCUGUGGGCGCUGAAUCGCACACCCCACGAUGUAUACAUUUAUGAGGCAGCCGACCGCCUGGGAGGCCACACGAACACGGUAGAAUACAAGCAUGGUAUCAGUGGCACGCUGGUCGACACAGGUUUCAUUGUUUUGAACACCGCGACAUAUCCAAACUUUAUAAACUUUCUUAAGACUAUUGGGGUUCCGACGGUACCAACCGAGAUGACCUUCGGCGUCUCUCGAGACAAUGGAUUAUUCGAAUGGGCCGGGACUUCGCUAUCCGCCGUGUUUGCGCAACGAGGAAAUCUUUUCUCUCCCCGGAUGUGGCGAAUGAUUUUUGAUAUUAUUCGUUUCAACCAAUAUGCCCUGGAUCUGUUAAAGGUGGAUGUGAAGAGACACAGAUCGCGCAGUCAGACUCCAUCGGUAGUAAAUGGAAACCAUGUACAUUUCGGCGAGGAGGCGGAGAGCAUUGGCCAAUAUCUCGAACGUGAAGGAUAUUCGCAUGCAUUUCGAGAUGACUAUCUUAUCCCGAUGACCGCGGCAGUAUGGAGUACUAGUCCCGACAAAUGCUCUUUGGAUUUCCCCGCUGUCACUUUGGUCCGAUUCAUGUGGAAUCAUCAUCUUCUGAGUACUGUUGCUGAGCGGCCGCAGUGGCUCACAUUGAAGCAUUGCGCGAAGAGUUAUGUGGAUGCUGUGAUGAAAGGGUUCCCUCCUAAUCAUGUUUUCCUCAAUACCCCCGUAGAAUCUGUCAGCAACGAUGAAGAUGGCCGCGUCCGAUUACAUCUGGAGAACGGAAAAUCGGAAGUCUACGACCAUGUUAUUCUUGCAACCCACGGGGAUCAAGCACACGCGCUAGUGCUUCCUGAAGCUGAUGCCGAAGAGCGCAGGAUUUUAUCGGGAUUCAAGACAAGCAAAAACACAGCAGUACUUCAUUCGGACCUCUCUUUAAUGCCAAAACUGAAAACUGCCUGGUCAUCAUGGAACUACAUGACGAAAUCUGGACCAGCGUCGUCCAAUGUAGAUCAGGUUUGCCUCACUUACAACAUGAAUAUUCUCCAACAUAUUCCUACCGAUACAUUCGGCGACGUACUUGUAACGCUGAAUCCACUACAUGAGCCAGACGAAAAACUUGUACAGGGACGUUUCAAGUAUUCUCAUCCUCUUUAUAAUCCUCAAUCCAUCUGGUCUCAGUCACAGCUUCCUUUAAUUCAAAAUACUCGUGGUAUUAGCUACUGUGGUGCCUGGACAAAUUAUGGGUUUCACGAGGACGGGUUCUCCUCGGGCAUCAAAGUUGCUCAGGACCACCUGGGUGCUCGACUGCCAUUCAACUUCAAAGAUAGCACGUUCAGUCGCGGUAGCCAACCAGUGCUCGGACUGCCAGAUCUGCUACUUCGAGCCUGGAUCUCAAUGGUGCAGAUGCUUAUUUACUUGAUUGAAACAUUGUUCGGCGUUCGAAGAGAUGGCCAUCUUAAAACAAACAGCAAUGGUAUGAGCAAACAGGAAACCAAUCAUUCAAAAAUUGCUUUUACUCAGGAGAGUGGGAUGACAGAGCGGAAGAAGAAAAAGUCUUCGUAG